GUUACUGCACAUCUGCUCAUGCUGCACUUUCCGUGUAAAAACUGGGACAAGUUACGACUUGUUUUUGUAAAUAAGUCGUGUUCAGUCCUGAUUCUAUUUUUUUCAGUCCCUACGAAGUCCCUGAAGGGGUUCCUGAAUCGAGGACUUGAAUUCAAACGAUGUAAAGGAAAUCAGGGUGAGAAAUCGUUGUGAUCUGAAAUUGACCUGAUGUUGACGAGGAGAGGACACUUAUAAUCUAAUCUAUACAGAUUCAGGAGCAGGACGGUUUUAGUAGGACACCGCACAAACACAAACAAAGGUUAAUUGUUAAUAACCCAUCGUCGACAAAAUGAAUUCUGCUUUACCGGCCCCCACUACAAAUACUCUUCUCCCACCAUCCCCCCAACAUCUUCCGGGUAUCUCCGACUUUACCAUAAUUAAACCCAUUAGUCGUGGAGCCUUUGGAAAGGUGUUUCUCGGUCAUCGAAACACCUCACCCGACACCCUCUAUGCCAUCAAAGCUAUGCGAAAAGAAGACCUGAUUAUGAAGAACAGCGUCGAAAAAGUGGUGAAAGAACGGGACGCCCAAGUCCUGGCAGGAUCUUCCGAUCCAUUCUGUGUCAAAUUAUUUUACUCUCUGCAAACCAAGAACUAUAUUUAUCUGGUCAUGGAGUACUGCAUCGGUGGGGACUUGAAAAGUCUGCUGAACCGCAUGGUUUUCUUCCCCUUGAAAAUGGUGGCUUUCUACGUAGCCGAAAUCGCAGUCGCGCUCGAUUUUCUCCACAAGAACGGUGUCGUUCAUCGCGAUAUCAAACCCGACAAUUUACUCCUUGACGGAAGAGGUCAUAUUAAAUUGACCGAUUUUGGCCUGAGCCGAGUCGAACUGGGAAGCAUGUUAUCCCUCUCGCCAGGAAAAAUGAGGACGUGCUUCACUCCAGGACAAAUCGCGUCACUCAAAGCAAACCUUACAUUUUCAAAAGUCCAGUUUGAAGCUGGGAUGAAUGUCGCAGAGAUUACGCAUAGGACACCAUGUGCCUCUACGCCACGUCGACUUCGAGUUCCGUUAAGAACACUGCGGCUACAACAACCACCGACGCUGGAGCAAACACCACCACCAAAAUCACAGAUGACGCCGCUCGCCAAGACACCAGAGUUUGUAAAACAGACCAUCUUCACGACUGGGGAAUGGUCCAUUAUUCACACCCCGAAAGGUCCGAAGGAGAAAAGGGCACGCAUUGAAGGGGAUGACUCAAGUUUUAUCAAUUUAUCAUUCACUUCUUCUACUUCGGGAUCGCCACCCAUCCCGCUUAACAAGCUUGGCCUCGAAAUUAUGCACAGUUCUCCACUUCAGGAGAGAAAUAGGGACGGUGCUGAUGGGGCGUUGAUGAUACCAAAUUUUGGUGGAGAAUCUCCCGUUGUGGCAUCGUGUGCCAAUCGGGAUGAGCCAAGCAGUGGAAGUGACAAAAACCUAGUGUUCUCACCGGAAGGGAAUUUCGCCGAUCGUUCCGACUACCAUGCCAGCUUUAGUUCUAAUGAUAAUGGUUGUUUAAACAAUUCGAUUGUAUUCCCCUCCUCUGCGUCUGGGAAUUUCUCUGUGGAUUUCUCCAACUACAAACUUGACGAGGAGGGGGCCAGUGGGCAUCUUUACUACAAGGAUGAAAAUCUUGUACCCCCAGCGAUCCACUCUACUACCAAUUUAUUUUUACACGACCACCGAUUACAGUCUUCUUCUUCCGCAGCAUUAAAACCAGAAUCGCUCAUUAAUCUUGAUGCUCCCCCUCAGCUCAAUGAACUUGACAAGAUUGACGAGAGUCAACAAGGCGAGGAGGACGAAAGUUACCAUCACCCUCGACUAUAUCACUCGUUGGGGGAAAGGAGUCCUGAAAUUGGAAGACUUUGUCACACAGAAAAAGCAUCGAUAAUGCGUCACUCUCAUUUUCACGGCUUCCAUGAGUUCCAUUCUAAUCAUGGACGGUCGAGCCGAAACUGUAACCUGAAUCUGAGUCCACCCCUCAUGAUGCCACAAUUACUGGAGAACAUUGAAAUGAAACGUGACCACCAAUACCACCACCAUAACAAUUACGCUUCUACAUCUUUAACCAGUUUCACUUCAGGAAAACGAAAAAGAUGGACCGAGUCGACGUCAUGUGGAAAGAGCAACCUGACCUUGGCCAUGACACUCUUUGAAAUUAAUAAGGAAUGUUCUUUAAGAAUGAUUGGGCUAUCUUCCGUGGAUAAGUCACUCUCAAUGGCUGCUACUGCUGCUGCGAUCAACACAACCCCCGCAAUCUCCGGCUCACCAAAUAAUUCAGUGUCAGACAAAAACAUCAUCGGCACACCCGACUACCUCGCUCCAGAACUGAUUCUACAACAAGGAGGUGGUCAUGGCGCCCCUGUCGAUUUUUGGUCCCUUGGCGUCUGCUUUUACGAAUUUGCCAUCGGAAUUCUCCCGUUCAAUGAUGACAGUCCCCAAGAAAUUUUCAAGAAUAUCGUCAACCGUCGACUAGAAUUUCCUGACGACAUGGAUCCGACGUGUCAGUCCUGCAUUGAAGGCCUCCUAGAAAUUGAUCCCACAGAAAGGCUGAACUUGAAGACGAUACAAGGCGUUAGAUUCGCUCAAUUAUUCGAAGGCAUCAAAUGGGACAAUUUGCAUGAUAUGGAAGCCCCCUUCAUUCCACAGCCAGAUUCCCCCACGGACGUUGGCUACUUUGCACCUAGAAAUCAAGAACUCAACAUUGAGAUUUCUGACCUAUCGUCUCCCUAAGUGCCACAGAUUAUAAAAAAAUAUUGUACCUAAUUUAAUUAUAAUGAUAAGCUAGUAGCAUAAUAUAGUUCCCUUUUGUCCGUUUUUUUCUUAAGUACAAACAAUUAACGCGCAGUCGAUCCAUUGUCACUACUUUUUUUAAACUUUGAUAAUUUUUAUUGUAACGAUAUGUGUUGGAUACUGACUGAUUUGAUAAAGUACAUACAUAUAUAGCGUA